CGGCUCCUCAUCUUCUAUCUACCUACGAUCAAUUGAGUUUCUCUUCUAAUGAUGGAACAAGAAGAUAAAGAACAUACCUCAGAAAGGGUUGAGGAAACAGAUUCGGGUAUAGAGAUUGUACCAUCAUUGAUUGAAGAGCCCAAGUCUCCCACUUCACCGUCCCUCCGUCGCCACUCACCCGGGAACAUGUAUCGACGCCCGCCGAUCCGUCUCUAUCAAUCCAUUCUCAAACGCAGUUUCCGGAAAUUCGCAAACCCUAGAUCUACAUUUCCGCCCGAACAACCCCUAAUUUCAGGGCCGAACACACUGUUGGAACCCCCCGGGAGAAGCCUUCUCCGCCGCCUUCAUCCGGCGAGUGCGAAGGUUCUGCCCGAUCUACGGCUGUACAGCGCCGACGCAGACAGAGUAGUGGAUGAGAUCAACCUCAAGUUCGCAGAAGCAAGGGAGGAGAUAGAGUCGGCGAUGGAGUCGAAAGAAACUCUCUACUUCGACGAGGAAGCCGAGUGCGCGCGCAAAGCUGUGAAUGAAGUUCUGGAGCUGUACGAAGGGCUGCUGCAGAAGCUGCCUGAGAAAGAAAGAGAGGCUAUACAGAGAUCCAUGGGGCUCAAGAUUGAACAGCUAAAAGCCGAGCUUGAGCAAUUGAAUGAAUGAUUUAUUUUACAGUUUGCCUUUUUCUGUUUUGUUUAGUUUUAAUUUUCCAUUGGUCGAUCCAUGGUGAAUUUCGCAGAUUGUUGUUUAACAGCUCUUUUAUUUGUUUUACUGGGUAAUUUUUACUGCAGAAUCGGAAUGUUU